AUGUCAUCAAAAUUAAAUUUCAAAAUAAUACACCUCAUCCUUUUAAUCCUAUUAUUAACUUUUUAUCCAUCGGUGAGCAAUUCUCAAGGAGUCAAAGCGCCACCAUGUCUCUCACUUGCUAACACAGUAACUUGUAGCGCUUUCUCACAAUAUUCUAUUUCGUCGGCUUCUUCAUUAAAAUCCCCGUCCUCUCAAGAUUCAAAGGGGGCUAUUUUCGACACAAAUUUUAACUGGUUACUAGAGGCAGAGAACAUAACUAGAUUUGAUGAAUUACUUUUAAAUUAUGUAAAUACUCAAUAUAUUAAGUGGAGAUAUAAAGAAGGUACAAAUUCUACUUUGGGAGUUACACAGUGUUCUGAAGUAACACCGAUUAUAUCGAGUAUUACUACCUAUGCAAGGUACACUCUGACAACUAUUUGUGCGUACCUUGUUCAACAACCACAAAGUAGAUUGUGUAGCGCAAAUGAUACUUUGCCAAAUGAAAGGAAAUUAUGUAAGCAAACUUGUCUGAAUCAUUAUGAUUCUUUACAAGGCAUUGCAAACAGUCCUAAUGUUUGUAUUAUUGGAACAACUAGCGACAUUAAUGAGAGACUUGAUGAUUUGAAUAAAUGGUGUACACUCCCUCAAAAUACUGAUGACAACGCUACUACAAAUUGUAUUUCCGGAGAAGAAAAUGAACCUAAUAAUUGUGGAUUCAAAGAUGAUACUAGAGGAUUGUGCUCGUAUUGCAAAGAUAAUGAUACGAAUUCAUGUUGUGAUACUGCUAGCAAUAUACUACAAUGUCCUUAUAAGAUACCUUCAGUAAGCGAUUCUUCACCGACAAUUCCAAUAUCACCAAUUUCACCAAAUUCAUCCGAUAGUAACGCACCGGGCAUGGCGACCUCAUUGAACGGUAAACCGAGUAGAUUAGCACUGAUAUUGGGUACAUUAGCGGGAGGUUGUCUCAUAUUGGGAUUAAUCGUAUAUUGUUGCGUAAAAAAACGACGAGGGAAAUCAGAUAGAAGGGUUAGUUUCUUUGCAACACCAUAUUUCUAUUUUAGACCUCCAAACGUCGUUGGGGAUGGAAAUGAUGGGGCGGAAAUGAUUGGAAGAUAUUCACAUAGUAUUGCAACUCCUAAUACUCCGUCAAAUGCAGGAACUGGAAGUUUAUUAUCCAACAUCAGUGCUGAAGGUGUCGCUUUAGCUACGAGCGGGGCUGCCAUAGGAGCAAAUAACAAUUCUCCUUACAAAGGUAUAUAUAAUAUUAAUGCAGGAAGCGGAAGCUUAAAGCUGGGAGGAAGUAAUUUAAGUAAUUUAAAUGUAAAUAGUAGUAGUAAUCCGAACGUAACUUUAAAAAUGUCCACAUCAUCAUCUAUAAUUGGAACAACAAACUCAUCAUCAACGUCAGUUCAACUUGCACCCCUUCCGCCUCAUUCGGAUUCAAUCGAUUUGGGAAGUGGAGGAGAAAGUGGAGGAGAAGAAGCGAAUAUAGUGGUGGUGGUAUUUUCUUAUUCGGCACAAUUACCUGAUGAGUUGGAAUUAUCUGUAAAUGAUGUAAUAGAAGUUAAACAAAAAUUCGAUGAUGGAUGGGCUGUUGGGAUAAAUAGGAAUACCGGUAAAGAGGGUGCUUUUCCUAACGUCUGUGUUGCAGAAUUUGAAACUGAAAAUGCUGGAGAGAGUGGAAGUGGAAGUUGGAGUAUAAGUAUAGUGUUGCCAGAUGAUUCAACUUCAGAUAACAUUGGUGAAGGUGUAGGAAGCAGCGUAGGAGGAUUAACAAGUUUGACACCAAGCCAAUUAUCAGAUGGAAGAUCAAGAAUUAGUAAUAGUAUUGAUAAUUUACCGAGAAGGCAUUCUAGUAUGAGGAGAACAAGGAGAGAAGUUGAUGAGGAUGAAAUGACAAUCAGUGAAGUAGACGAUGCUAGUGAAGUUAGUGGACAAGCGAGAAGAAAUGAUGAUGAUAAUGAUAAUUACAUUGAAGGAUUUGAUGGUGAAAGAGAUAAUUACAUCAAUUCUUCUAGUCCUAAUACAGACCAUCGAUUAACUUAG